AUGAUCUUCUCGCUCGUCCAGGUCUCUCUCCAGCAGCAAGACCCAGUCAAGAACUUUUGCCGGCGAUUCGCGCAUCAGACAACCAUCGUCGACCGGAAGCUCUAUAUUGACGGCGGUUUUGUAAACUGGAACCCCGUUGCUCAGAAUCCCGAAAAUGCCACCAACUCGUGGUUGUUAUACCAGGAUCUAAGCAAUAGCAGUCUCAGUGGCAUUCCGCAGCUACACGCAAACCUGUCCAAGAACGAGAGCAUCCCCCAGCUCAACGGCGGCGUUCUCUGGCCCGACGAGGUGAACAAGCGGUUUUAUCAAUAUGGAGGCGCAUUCAACAAGCAAGGCGAUAUGCGCACCUUUGAGUUGUUCUCGUACGACAUCAUGCACAACAAGUGGGAUUCCUUUGGGCCAUCCCGGAAUGGAGUUGUGCGACUGGCAUAUGGCGCUGGGGUUGGGAUAUCAAGGAUCGGGAAAGGCUUCUACUACGGAGGCUGGAUGUCCAACGCCACCGUCCCCGGCUGGGGCGCCAGGCCAGCAGUUGCGACAUCGUUCAUGGUCAAAUACGACUACGACACAAAUACAUGGAGCAACGAGACGGGCCCAGACGCGGUGCGCCGAGCCGGCGGGGCCAUGGCCUUCAUCCCGGCCGGAGACGGAGGCCUGCUCGUGUACCUCGGCGGCGCCAUCGACCCGCGCGGCGACGGCUCACCCGUCGAAGCGCAGCCGCUGUCGCAGGUCUUCAUCUACGACGUGGCAAACUCCAAGUGGUACACGCAGACGGCGCUGGGCGCCAUCCCGCCCAACAGACAGCGCUUCUGCGUGGGCGCGUCGUGGCCGGCGGACCGGUCCAGCUACAACGUCUACCUGUACGGCGGCAUGGGCUUCCCGCCGAGCACGGCCGGCUUCGACGACGUCUACGUGCUGUCCAUGCCGGGCUUCAGCUGGGUCAAGCUCGCGCCCCUCGACUUCCCCGGCGGCGGCGGCACGGGCAAGUACCCGCACCACGGCAUGACAUGCUAG